CCCGGCGGUGACGUGGCUGCGGGGGGCAGCGGCGGGCGGCAGCGGGGGCCGCGCGCGCGACGGCCACUUCCGGGUGCCCAGGAGCGGUGAGGGGCGGACAGGCUCUGCUCAGGGGGCAGGAUGUUCGCGGAGCUGGACUAUGAUAUCGAGGAGGACAAGCUCGGGAUCCCCACAGUACCUGGGACAGUGACCCUGAAGAAGGACGCCCAGAACCUGAUUGGGAUCAGCAUUGGGGGAGGAGCACAGUACUGCCCCUGUCUCUAUAUCGUCCAGGUAUUCGAUAACACUCCGGCAGCCUUAGAUGGAACCGUAGCAGCGGGCGAUGAAAUCACGGGAGUGAACGGCAAGUCUGUCAAAGGGAAGACCAAGGUGGAGGUGGCCAAGAUGAUACAGAUGGUAAAGGGAGAAGUGACAAUUCACUACAACAAACUUCAGGCCGACCCAAAGCAGGGGAAGUCUUUGGAUAUCGUAUUGAAGAAGGUGAAGCACCGACUGGUAGAGAACAUGAGCUCAGGGACAGCUGAUGCCCUGGGGUUAAGCCGAGCCAUACUUUGCAACGAUGGAUUGGUGAAGAGAUUGGAGGAGCUGGAGAGGACUGCAGAGCUGUACAAAGGCUUGACAGAACACACCAAGAGUCUUCUCAGAGCUUUCUUCGAGCUAUCCCAGACGCACAGAGCAUUUGGAGAUGUUUUCUCUGUCAUUGGUGUACGGGAGCCGCAACCUGCUGCCAGUGAAGCUUUUGUGAAAUUCGCUGAUGCCCAUCGCAACAUUGAGAAGUUUGGGAUUCAUCUUCUGAAAACAAUUAAGCCGAUGCUGACUGACUUGAACACGUAUUUGAAUAAAGCCAUUCCUGACACAAGGCUGACUAUCAAAAAAUACCUGGAUGUCAAGUUUGAAUAUUUGUCUUACUGCCUGAAAGUCAAAGAGAUGGAUGAUGAAGAAUACAGCUGCAUUGCCCUGGGUGAGCCCCUCUACCGAGUCAGCACCGGGAACUACGAAUACCGCCUUAUCCUACGCUGCCGCCAGGAGGCUCGCACGCGUUUUGCCAAGAUGAGGAAGGACGUGCUGGAGAAAAUAGAGCUCCUGGACCAGAAACAUGUUCAGGACAUCGUGUUCCAGCUGCAGCGGUUCGUCUCGACGAUGUCCAAGUACUACGACGACUGCUACGCCGUGCUCCGAGACGCGGACGUCUUCCCCAUUGAGGUGGACCUCGCCCGCACUACUCUCAGCUAUGGGCAGAAGGACACGUACACAGACGGGGCAGAAGAAGAAGAGGAAGGAGGAGGAAGUGACAGAGAGAAGAGCGGGAAGGAGGAUGCGAAUGGCGAAAAGCUCAUUGAUGACGCAUGAGUGUGCUGGUACGGCCAGAGGAAAAGAAAGACUUUGCAGACUGAUAUAAAAAUGUGUAUUUCACAUGGCGAUUCAUCCUCCGUGGUUUUCUGUGUGUGUCCAGCCUGGGAUUCCUCCUCUGCCCUGGGUGGGAGUAGCUGGUUGGAUUGGGACCAACCUCUGCCUUCCUCUCUCUUCUCUUGCUUGUUUGCCUGGAUAUUCCUUUCCGCCCCCCCCACAGCUUUCUGUUGCCCAACUUGGAUACUGAGUUGUGGGGAGGGAAAAUCUCCUCCCAUGUCUCCACGUGACUGUGCACACUGCUGAGCGUGCAGGAUCCACGUUCUGCCAAGGGGAAGGCAGCUGAACAUCUGGAGGUGACUAGAAAUGGAAGAGCCGCCCCCUCCUGUCCUCCCCUUGUGCUAUGGGAAAGCGUUGGCACCAGCAUUGUUUUGUUCACCCCACUGGUUGCUGGUUUCAAACUUCAAGCUGUGGCCUCUUUUAAGCUUCCUCUCUUUCUUCCUGGAGCCCAUCCCUUGGGCUCUAGGGCAGAUUUUUGGAGGAUGGUCACUCCUAGCUUCUCUGCACCAUUGUUUUUAAGAAAUUGGGUAAGUCAAAAGGGAUAGUGGUACAGGUGUUCUGAUCAGUCUACAAGUCUUUUCCCUAGUUCCCAUCCUCUUUGUACCCCUUAGCUCCACCCCAGGGCUAGAAUCCUCCAGGAUAUGGCUCUGCCCUCCCCUGUGGAAAGGAGGGACCCGGCUCAGGAAGAAGCUCUCCCAGUCAGCAGAGAUGUGAACGUGGUUGUCUGAGGCAGAUGGAUUCCUGCGAGUAAGAGCAAAGCUGCAUGCUUUUCCCAUCUAUCCCUCUCUUACAGUUCCUUGUAACGGAUGGUAACCAAAUGUGCUUCUUGAAGAUGUGCAGCGAGUCCUGCACACUGCAAAGGUGGUGUUCUGUCCUUACACUAGCGAGGAGAGGCUGGAAACCUCGUGGAGAGAGGAAGACAGGGCUUGUAGGCAGAGACGUUGUGAUUUUUAGUGCAGAGUAUGGCUUGCAUACAACCUGCUGCUCUCCUCUCUGCACAACUGUUUUGUGCUGCCUUCGGGCCAGCCAGAAACAGUAGGUAAUGUCCAAUUAUCCUGCACAAGGGAAGGAGGGAAAAGGAAAAGCUUCCUUUUCUCCUCCCUCUAUCCUUGUGGGUCGAUCCCAAAUCCAGAUGGCACUUUCUCCUCUUGCAGGCAGCACAGCUGCCAGCAGUGUACUUCUCAGAGGUCAAGGGUUUGACUUCUGCCGUUACAUUCUAGUGGUAGUGAGAGAAGUUAUUUAAGGGCAUUAAUUUAUGGUUGUUUGUUUUGUUUUAAUGUUUGAUUUAUAUCUAGGGCCUCGUCAUCUGUGUGGGUGCCUGGAAGAAAGUCAUCCAUGGUCAAGCUGCUCUGUAAGAUUUAAAUGGACUCUAGUGUACUGACUGUUGACUGUAAUAAAGACAAAUGUGACAGUUUUGUUUCUUGUU